AUGGGCUUGGGUUGCUGCUUCAGGCCCACCCGCAGCUCCAGGAUGAACUCCAGUGUGGUAGUAACAAGGAUGCAUGCAGCACUGCGGACGCAGCUGGUACGGGAGUUCCUGGCUGAGUUCAUGAGCACAUAUGUCAUGAUGGUGUUUGGCCUCGGUUCCGUGGCCCAUAUGGUUCUAGGAGAUAAAAAACUCGGGAGCUACCUCGGUGUCAACUUGGGUUUUGGCUUCGGAGUCACCAUGGGAGUGUACGUAGCAGGCGACAUCUCUGGGGCCCACAUGAAUGCGGCAGUGACCUUUACUAGCUGUGCAUUAGGUCGCAUGUCCUGGAAGAAGUUUCCUGUGUACGUGGUGGGUCAGUUCCUGGGCUCCUUCAUGGCUGCUGCCACCAUCUACAGCCUCUUUUACCCAGCCAUUAUCCGCUUCUCGGGUGGAGAGCUGACAGUGAUCGGUCCCACAGCCACCGCUGGCAUUUUUGCCACCUACCUUCCAGAUUACAUGACACUGUGGCGGGGCUUCCUGGAUGAGGUGUUAGUGACGGGGAUGCUCCAGCUGUGUCUCCUCGCCAUCACGGACAAGAAGAACCCAGAAUUUCAAGGGACACAGCCCCUGGUGAUUGGCGUCCUUGUUGUCAUCAUUGGGGUGUCCCUAGGCAUGAACUCAGGAUAUGCUAUCAACCCCUCCCGGGACCUGCCCCCCCGCUUCUUCACCUACCUUGCCGGCUGGGGCAAGCAAGUCUUCAGGUGGCAUUAUCUACCUGCUCUUCAUUGGCUCCAACACCCCACGGAAGCCCGAGAAGUUGGAGGACCCUGCGGCAUUUGA